UGGUUUUGUUGUUUUCCAAUCACAGCGGCGUGUUUAUUGGUUAGGGAGAAGGAGAAACAACAACGAAAACAUAUACCAAAUCUGAUUCAUUGCUUUGCAUUGUGCUGAAGUUCACAUCGUUGGCUAAUGUGAACGAAAGUGUAUAUAAUUGACGUUUACGCUUCUCGUUGUUCGUAUUGUCCAACUCCAGAGUGUGUAUCGAAUCGCCAGACGAGAAAGUUUUACUAUCGAAUUUUAAACCAUAAAUAGAUUUGUUGAAAUCGUGAUACAUAUUGGAAUUUUUUUUUUCUUGCAACGAAAACAUUUUCGAUAUAGCACCGACGUGAUAAACAGUUCUGAGUCAUUUUUUUUCUGUGUUAACAUAACAAGGAAGUGAAAGAGAAAAAAAAACAUCGCCAUAAUGAGUGACGCGAUUUGUGACAUUAGCCCAGAGGUGAAAGACGAACUGCGUAAAUUCCGCUUCCGCAAAGACUGUGCAAACUGUGCAUUAAUUCUAAAAGUGGAUCGCGAGAAGCAAUUGGUUUGCGUUGAUGAAUUGCUCGACGAGAUUUCUGUGGACGAAUUGCAAGAGCAAUUACCCGGCCACCAGCCGCGCUACAUUGUCUACAGCUAUAAAAUGGUACAUGACGACAAACGCAUUUCAUACCCAAUGUGUUUCAUAUUUUACACACCGCGCGACAGCCAAAUGGAGCUACAAAUCAUGUAUGCUGGAUCGAAGCGUGCAUUACAACGUGAGGCUGACCUAACGCGCGUCUAUGAAGUACGUGAAUUGGAUGAACUCACCGAGGAUUGGCUACGCGAAAAAUUACAACGCUAAAUCAACCGAUAGAGCCAGAGCCGAUACAAUUUCAAUACGUAUUAUUACUUUUGCACAAAUUAAACAACAAUCAAACAGACAGAAAAAACAGAAAACACAAAAACAUAGACACGUAGAGAGAGAGAGAUAUAUAUAUGUAUAGAUGAAUUAGAAAGACAGUAACAAUUAAUUCCGUCGCGGUUCGUCAACUUUUGUGAUGGUCAUGGCCUAUUAUAAUAAUUACUCAGUUUAGAAUGCACACUUGAUUGAACCACCCAUGUGACAAUGAAAUGAGCAGCAACAACAACAACAACAACAAACCAGUUGCAGGAACAAGUUUCUGCAAUUCCAAUCCCAUGACAUCGCAAUGAUACACUGAAACCAAGCAUUGCAUUUUUCGUAAACGACACAAAACGCCAAAUCAUAAACAUGGUUACUCAGUUGGAUAAACAACAACGGAAAAAUACACUCUCUACACACAGACUUUGGUGUUCAUAGGAUUUAAACACACAAAAUGAUUGUUGUUCGUAGCCGUAGAAAUGGUAGAGUUAUUCCAUUUUAAAGUAUUUUUUACGCGAUAUUUUCAAAACCUGUGAUGUGUUUCAAUCUAGGGCUAAAUUAUGAGAUUAAUUUCGGUCAACAUUGAAGUGUUGAAACACUUUUUUUUGUCAAUGUAACGCGCAUUCAUUUAACUUCCAAAUUCGAUACCACCCACCCCUCAGAUUAUAUUAGAGACCAAUUGUGCGAAAAAAAAAAUUUAUUGAAAACGAAAAAAAAAGACAAAAUUUAGAGUAAAACAGAGCAAUAGUGAGGCACCAGCGAUCAGUAGUGGGAUCAUCAGUAGAUUGCUUAGAAGCAGAAAAUGCAUUUUUUUUCUUGAAUUUUAGAAGCAUUUUUUCGUGAUUAAUCAAGCUUUUCAAAGAGCUUAAUCCGAAAUUUAUGACAAUUUUUUUUAUUUACAAAGAAAAAAGAGAAAAUGAAAUAUUCAUAUUCGAUGAGACUGGAUUAAGGUAAACCGCUCAAUCUUGCCAGUUUUUCAAAGUACACAUUUUUUUUAAGAUGAAACAAUAUUCAUGUUUUUUGUUAAUGAUUAAGGCGCAUUUUCGUAAGAUGAAACUAAAACUCAGGGAAAUUCCACAAAUUACAAAGAAAAAAAAAUUAAAACGGAAACAAAUUUUAAGUCAAUAUGUAAGAGAGUCCAAAAUGUCAAAGUCUAAAUUGAAAUGGAUCUAAUUCUAAAUUCAAAGGCAAACAAUUAUGCUCAAGUAUAACAUGACCAAGUAUUUUGAUUAAAAGGAAUUUCCCGAAUAAUCGUACGCAAUGACAUUGGAAAUUUAAAAAAAAAAACAUACAUUAGGGGAGUUUGUUUUUUCUUUACCACAUUCAAAUCAAACCAAAAAUGUUACAUUUUUACCUUUAUAUUUAACAUUUAUUCCGUUUUUUUUAUUAUUACGUAAAUCAAAAUCCUUGAAUUUAUUAAUAAUUGAUGCAUUUUCGUUUGAUGAACAGAGAAAGAGUAAGAGAAAUACCUUUUUACAUUAAGCUUAGGCUUGUAUUUUCGAUGUUGAAUAAACUCUUAUGAUAGAAACCA